GGUGGACACGCACCCCCCGGCAGACCGUAUGGCAAUGCCGCGGGCCGAUGGCACGCGCCGCACAGUGUCCGUGCCAUGGUCUAUGCUCCAUGGACCAUGGUCCUUCGCCAUCCUCGCCUGACGAAGUGACAGCAGCAAGCUCCCACCCAACCUGUCUUCCACUGCAUUCUGCACACACCGCCCGCUAUCAACGACGAUCAAACUCCGUUCUAGCAACCACGCGCAUAUUUGGCGUGCUCUUGUGAUCAGUAACGCCCUACGGACUUAAAGAAGGACAUAUAUAAUAAGAAUCUAGACUUCCCACGUUCAUAUCACGCCCUAUCUCGUAUAGACUAGUUGGUUUGACACAGUCACGAAAAUGUUCGGCUGUGGAGCCAAGCAAUGGUCCGCUGAAGAGAUUCCAGACCUCACCGGUCAGGUCGCGCUUGUCACAGGCGGCAAUGCAGGCAUUGGCGAGGCUUCAUGCCUCGAGCUGGCCCGCCAUGGCGCCAAAGUCUACCUCGCGGCUCGUUCGCCCGAACGCGCCAAGGCGGCACUUGAACGCAUCAAGACUCAGGAUGCGGAAGCAGCUUCUCGCAUCCAGCAUCUCAACCUCGAUUUGGCUGACCUGGAGAGCGUCAAAGAGGCUGUCAGCGAGUUCAUUGCAAAGGAGAAAAGGUUGCAUAUCCUUUUGAAUAAUGCAGGCGUCAUGGCUCUGCCCUACUCGCUCACCAAGCAAGGUCUUGAGCUGCAGAACGGCACGAACGUGAUCGGCCACGCGUUCCUAACCUUCUUGCUCCUCCCCACACUCGUCCGGACUUCGCGUGAUCCUGCCCUCAAGCACAGUGUACGCGUCGUGCAAGUGUCGUCAAUGGGUCACAAAUUCGGCGACCCAUCUCCAAAGCAGAGUUGGGCAUCCAUAGAGGCAAUCAACAAGAAAUUCUGGCCGGAAGCUGUCGGCACCUGGAAGAGGUAUGCCCAGAGCAAAACGGGAAACAUUAUCUUAGCCAACGAGUUGAAGAAAAUCACUGCAGGAGAGAACAUCGCAAACAUCUCUCUACACCCCGGCAACAUCAACACAGAGCUGAUGCGCGGCCCAGUCGCAUCAUAUGGGAUUCCGAAUCCUAUUCUCAGGGCUUUGUUGAGCACCCUUCUGCUCACGCCCGAGCAAGGCGCUCUCACCUCCCUCUACGCGUGCACCUCGCCCGAGGUCGACGAGAAGAAGCUGAACGGAGCGUAUCUUCAGUCGAUUGCACGAGUCGGAAACAAGGCUGCGCAUGCCGAAGACAAGGAUGGAGUGCUCGGGAAUGAACUCAUGGCGUUUGUUCGGUCAUUUGGCAAGGAGAAGAUCAAUGUCGAUGUGGACGCUCUCAUCAAGGAGGCACUGGCGAAGCACGCUCCAGCGUCGUAGGUACCGACCGUGUAUUUCUGCGCAGCAUCUUUCAAAAUCGAACAUAUCUCGGUUGCGCAACCGUUUAGGUCCCGCCGCCGACAUUCUGUCUGUAUAAACAUUAUUAUAUGACUGAUGGCGGAUAAGCACUGAUACGAGUUCUCGA